AAGGGAGUGCAUUUCUCCGCGCAAUUUCCCUUCACCCAGAUCGGAUCACACCCGCACUGCACUCUAGAUGCGUCGCCCAUCUUCCAUUUCCACUCAGGAAUCAGCACACCCAAUUUUGUAUAUUGCACGUUGUAUAUUGCGCUUGUUGGAUUUUGGUGGGUUUGCGAGUUUUGUGGUAGAGAUUGCGGGGUUUUGGGUUCCACGUAUGCGAUGGGCAGUUGCAGGUUGGAUUGUCAAUAAGGCAAGAAUCACAGAGUCCGAAGUGGAAUUGGGUUUUCGUGAUUGAAGAAGAAUAGGUUGUAGUUAAUGCAUGCGAGGCUUGAGCUAUGGCGCAGCCCGCUUGCAGCCUUCAGCAUCCUUUGGGUCGCAGACUCGCGCUCCACUGCUCACAGGUGGAUGCUGGAAAGGCGUUGAGGUUUGACAGUAGAGUCGGAGACAGAACUUCAGGGCUCGUGGCAUUGCGAAGACGAUGUCGUUGGGGGCCUCAGCGGAGUCGCUUUCUGAGGGUGAUGGCCAUGGGUAGAAAGAAGGAGGUAGGUAAAGGUGGUGAGAAUGAAAGACUGGAACUGAAAUUGGAAACAACAGAUUUGAUGGAGCUUGAGUUCGGCAAACUGCUCGGGGAACCUCGCCAAGCCACUUUGGCUAAGGUCGUUGGACGAAAAUUAAACCCAGAUGUAUCCUACGUUGAAAUCGAGAGGAAAUCCUUGAAGAAAAUCCAGAGCUCUCCACCAGAGAUUUCUGAAGCUGAAUUCAGUCGAUUGUUAGACCAGGAAGGCAGGGUACCACUUAGGAGUGUUAGGAAGCCGGUUGUUGAGAGUACCGAGGAUCUCCCAGGCCUGGUAAAGCCACCCUCGCGGCCAGGACGACCCAGCUUUUCCGAAGCCGAAUUCAGCCGCUUAUUGAACCAGGAAGGCAGGCCAAGUGUCCGGGGUCGGGCUUCAGAGACCAGUGAAGAUCUUGUAGGCCUUGCCAAGCCGCCCUCCCGGCCGGGGCAACCGCUGCCUCAGGUUUCACGAAGAGCAUCCUCUGAUAACGCUGCCAAGUCAAGCUCGGCAGCCCAGAGAAAGAAAGCGGUACCUCUAGUAACUUUUGGACCUGGUGGAUUUGCAGCUCAAACAAAGAAGCCACGAGCUGAGGAAGAUGACUACAGGAGCCUUGUGCAAAAACCGGCAAUACCUUCUCCAGAUUCAAUCACGCCUUCUUGGCCUAAGAAUGACAGUGUUCCGCCUAUGUUGCUAGGUAAAUCGACGAAGGAUGUAAUAGAUGCUGAUUACAUGAAUCUUGUCCAAAAGCCGGCAAUGCGGCCGGUGGUGCCUGAAUCUUCAGGUGCUGUAGCUAGUGAUGUGGAAUCCAGUACCAAAGAAGUUUCGAAGGCGCCCCCUCUAAUGAACAAACCAUUACUAGCAAAACCUAGUACAAAAGUGUCGGUCAGCACAGGACCUCUUGUCGUGGAUAUUAUCUCCUCAGAUGUUUCUGAAGAACGGUUCAACAAGCUUCUAGAGAUGGCGGGUUCAACUGAAGAAGAUGAGGGUGUGCCUUCUGAGACCCCGACUUCAUCAGCCUCUACGGUCGUGGAAAAACCUACUAAAAGAAAAGAGUUACCCAAACUCGGUUCAAAGCCUGUGCUGGCAGCUAAACCGCCUCCUAGAAUUGAUGAAAUUAGAGAUGCUGCACGCGGAGCUGACUUACCAAGCGUUUCACCAAUGUCAUCCGAUGAUGUUCCGAGCACAUCACUUGACUCUGCAGCUGCAGACUUGGAGAUAACUAGGUCGGAGGAGAACGCAGAGCCAGUAGUAUCUCCUUCCGAUGCUGUGUCAGACGUUGAAUUGAAAUCAGCCGAGGAAAAAUCAACAGUUGUCGCUAAGUCUGAUAAUGCAGACUCUGAUGGGAAGGAGUCAAUUUCUAAGCUUGUGAAGAAAGCAAGUCCUGUUGCUCCUGUCCGACCGCCGAAACGGAUUGUCAAGACUACCUCCGAUUUUGUUAAAGAGAAAAUUGGUGAUGCUGAAGAUAAUAGGCUGGGUAAGUUGUCAGGUGAAGUUAAGGCUGCUGCUAAGCAAAGUGAAGCUGCUCUUCCAGAUUCUGGUUCACGAGGGCCCUCUGUGAUGGAGGUUGACCAGUUGGACCAACGGAAAAGAGCUGAAAUGCGACAGCGGCCUCUCUUACGUCCUGCUCCACCGCCUGUUCCACCCUCAAUUGUUAACAUCUCACCAGAUUCUACUGAAAGUAGCACACAGAAACGUAUUCUCUCCCGCCCAGCGAUACCGAAUCCAAAGCCUCCUCAACCUUAUGGUGCAUCUUCUCAGGACUUAGCAGCGGAAUCUUUUCAACAAUCUGGCACAAGCCUCCCUGAUAAAAGAAUACCAUCUAAGGAAGAGGAGGAUAAAGAUUGGGCUCGCGCAGAAGCGUUACGGGAGUCCAGGGCAGUGGAGGAAGUCGUGUUCACGAAGGCCCUUCCAAAUGGCAUGCUGGUAAAUUUUGGAUCUCUUGCAGGUUUUGUGGUUGCUUAUGAGCUAUCCAGUCGAAGAAGGCCACCUUCAUUUGCAACUUGGGCACAGGAUAACGGUCAUGCAAUGAGUAGGAAAUUGAAUUCAUCGGCUGCAUCUGAGAAUCAUCCGAAAAAUGACUCUGAAGACUCCAUGGAAACAAGAACAAAUGGUGACGAUGUGGAGCACAAGAAUUUGCUGAAGCAAUAUGAGGAGGCGCGAGCUAACCUUCUGGCAGCCCUUGUUGGAGAGACUGCAAAGGUAGUGGUUGUCGCAGUCGAUCGUGAACGUAAGCAGUUGCGGUUCUCAGAAAAAGAGGCAGAAGGUGAAGGUCGGGAGCUUGCCCAAAAGAAGGCGCAGCUCAUGACAAGUUUGAAUGUUGGAGAUGUUGUGAAGUGCACUGUGAAGAAAGUCACUAAUUUUGGGGCAUUUGUCGAGUUACAAGGGGUUCCAGCACUCAUUCAUAUCUCAGAGCUGUCCUGGAAUCGAGUCACGGAUCCGUCGACAAUAUUAAAUCAUGGGGAUGAGGUAGAGGUCAAGGUUUGCAGGCUUGACCGGUACCUUCAGCGGAUCAACCUUUCUCUGAAGCAAAUGCAGCCGGAUCCGUUGCGUGAGACACUUGAGUCUCUUGUAUCCAGUGACUUACGAGAGACCGCAACUACUGCUCGGGCUUCAAAUGAGGAUGAGACAACUGGAAUGCCAGAGCUCGUCGGAGUGACGAAAAGGCUAAAAGAGUACAAGGGCAUUGACAGUGUCCAACUAGGACGUCGAAUUCAAGGAACUGCGCUGGCUCCUACAUUCCAAGUAUAUUUGUCUGUUCAGCUUGAUGAUGGUUUCAAACUUCUUGCCAGAUCUGGGAACCAGGUUCAAGAGGUGUUGGUGCAAACGUCACUUAGCCGAGAAAGCAUGAAGAACGCAAUCCGGGCUUGCACUUUCACUGAUGACUAAUCGAACUUCGCUACAUCUGCCCGAGUUUUGUCAUAUCACAACUUCCGCAAUUUGUUGGUUCUUCCAGCACUGUAGUUGAGGAUUCCUGAAUUCAUUUACAACCCUUUGGGAUGAUUACCAUUUGGAGCCCGUCGGUGUAGGUUGCAAGAAAAGUGUGUGAAGUUCAAGCUGAACAUUCUCACACUCUCGGCUUCUUAAAUUUACCGUAGCUGAAACAACAUUGUUCGAAUGUAGAGUAGUCCGCCAGAUUAGAUAGGACGAUGCGGGUGAAUUUCAAGUUUUCUUGUACUACAUAGCAAAAUGACACAACUUGCCACCACCAAAAUUUUCGCGCUCAAGUUUAUGCAUGCGUUUUUUCUGUGCAAUGCUCAGUCGAGCAAGUACACAGAUACACAUCUUUUCAAUUUUCCA